GUUACCGCUGCUAUGUGUGUUUGGUUGACAGAAGACUGACAGUGUGGGCGAAUUGCUGCGCGCACUGAGUGGGGUUCCCUCAGGUUGUUCUUCCUUCCGCAUCAUUGAGCCCGGGCAUCGCUGGUUCUGCCGCUGCUGCUGCAGUAAAUAACAACACACGAUGCAAUCAAAAUCUGUGACUGGGAGAAAGGCCUGGCGGGUGUGGAAGAGGAGGGAGAAAAUUUACGGCGGAGUGGUUGAGUCACACAGCCGGCGCUGAUAAGCCUUGGGUGGUUACUCCUUAUCUCCACCGCAGCGGCCGAUCAAGCAACCGAAAGCGGCACCCCAACUUUUUUUGGUGCAGAGCUGCGAUCCCGCAACCGACGAACCACUCAUCCACGGCAUCCCAAUGGCUCCCACGACAGCACCCACCCUUCUAUGGGGUGGCCGUUUCUCCGGCGCAAUCGAUGAUCUGAUGUUCCAGUUCAACGAGUCGCUCUCGUUCGACAAGGCGCUCUACAAGGCCGACAUCCAGGGCUCCAUCACCUGGGCCAAGGCGCUGCGCAAGCUCGACAUUCUCUCGGACGACGAGCUCGACAAGAUCGUGUCGGGCCUGCGGCAGGUCGAGCAGGAGUGGGAGCAGGGCAAGUUCGUCAUCGACGCCAAGUCGGACGAGGACAUCCACACGGCCAACGAGCGCCGCCUCGGAGAGCUGAUCGGCCCGAGCGCCGGCAAGCUGCACACCGGCCGCUCCCGCAAUGAGCAGGUCGGCGUCGACAUGCGCCUCUGGGCCGGCGAGCAGCUGGCCGACAUCGCCGCCGCCCUGAAGGGUCUGCUCUCCGUCUGCGCCGCCAGGGCCCGCGAUGCGCUCCCCAUCCUGAUGCCGGGAUACACACAUCUGCAGCGCGCCCAGCCGGUCCGCUUCUCGCACUGGCUGCUGUCGCACGCCACCUUCCUCAAAGGCGAUCUCCAGCGCCUGGAGGGCGUCCGGGAGCGCGUCUCGACGUGCCCGCUCGGCGUCGGCGCCCUCGCGGGCAACCCGUUCGGCAUUGACCGCGAGUUCAUGGCCAAGGACCUCGGCUUCCGCUCGGUGCAUCCCAACAGUCUGUGCGCCGUUGCCGACCGGGAUUUCGUCGUCGAGAUCCUGCAGUGGGCCAGUCUCCUGAUGGCGCACCUCAGCCGCCUCGCCGAGGACUUGAUCCUCUUCUCGAGCGCCGAGUUCGGCUUCGUGCAGGUGGCCGAUGCCUACAGCACGGGCAGCAGUCUGAUGCCCCAGAAGAAGAACCCCGACAGCCUGGAGCUGAUCCGGGGCAAGGCGGGCAGGGUGAUGGGGCAGGCUUCCGGCUUCCUGGCCUCGCUGAAGAGUCUUCCGACUUCGUACAACAAGGACCUCCAAGAAUCGGUCGAGCCGAUGAUCGACUGCGUCAAGACGGUUUCCAACUGCGUGCGCAUCACCCAGGGCGUGCUGGCCACGCUCAAGAUCAAUGGCGACAAGAUGAAGGCUGCGCUGACGGACGACAUGCUCGCUACCGACGUCGCCGACUACCUGGUCCGCAAGGGCGUCCCCUUCCGCCAGACCCACCACAUCGCGGGCGCCAUCGUCCGCAAGGCCGAGGAGGCUGGCGUGUCCAUCUCGGCGCUGCCGCUCAAGGAUCUCAAGGAGAUCUCGCCGCUGUUUGAGGACGACGUCGCCCAGGUGUUUGACUUUGAGAGGAGCGUCGAGCAGAGGUCUACGUACGGCGGCACGAGCAGGAGCUCCGUGCUGGCGCAGAUUGAUGCGAUCGAAGCCUUUGUGGGCAGCAGCUAGAGGCGAACGGAUAACCUCUUCUUCUUUAUGAGUGUACACAAAAAAUGCACGUCCAACGGCAAACACCGAGUUUGCGAGACGCGGGGACAGCGGUUUAGCGGGCACUGAAAAAAAAUAGAUGCGGAGAUGGCCAGGGCUGCUUUUCUCUCGCGGAGACGGCGGUUGGCCGACUGUGCCGGUUGUCC